AGCAUAUCUCAUUGGAACACAAAGCCAAACGAGAGCCAACAAAAGGGGAAGAAGAAGACUCAGAGAUUCUCUCUCAGAAGCUCCAAAAAAAAAAUAAAGGGAGCGGAAAGCAAACAUCAAUGGCGGUAAAGAAAAUAUCUUGGAGAUCAUUCGUGGCUGGGUGUUUCCAAGAUCCAAGCUUUGAAAGAAAAUCUUUCAAGAAACCCAGAAACGAGGUGAAGAAACAGAGAUCGUUUCAGAGGUUGUCGAUUCUGGACAUAAGCAACCCGAGUUCGACGACCUUGUCUGAAGAUCUAUCCAUCUCUCUCGCCGGUUCAGAUCUCCAUAUUUUCACCCUCUCGGAGCUCAAAAUCAUCACUCAGAGCUUCUCGUCGAGCAAUUUCCUCGGCGAAGGAGGGUUCGGACAGGUCCACAAGGGCUUCAUCGACGAUAAACUCAGACCUGGUCUCAAGGCUCAGCCUGUCGCUGUGAAGAACCUCGACCCGGACGGUCUUCAGGGUCACAGAGAAUGGCUGACAGAGGUGAUAUGUCUCGGACAAUUGAAGCACCCGAAUCUGGUGAAGUUGAUCGGUUACUGCUGCGAGGAAGAACACAGGCUCCUCGUCUACGAGUUCAUGCCUCGUGGAAGUUUAGAGAAUCAGCUCUUCAGGCGAUACUCAGUUUCGCUGCCAUGGACGACGAGGAUGAAGAUCGCGCAUGGAGCUGCAAAGGGUCUUCAGUUUCUUCACGAAGCUGAGAAACCCAUUAUCUAUCGCGAUUUCAAAGCCUCGAACAUCCUGUUAGAUUCGGACUACACGGCAAAACUCUCGGACUUUGGGCUAGCCAAGGACGGGCCGGAAGGAGACGACACGCACGUAUCGACCCGAGUCAUGGGCACUCAAGGCUAUGCGGCUCCAGAAUACAUCAUGACCGGUCACUUGACCGCGAGGAGCGACGUCUACAGCUUCGGCGUCGUGCUUCUCGAACUCUUGACGGGUCGUAGAUCGGUGGACAAGAAACGGUCUCAACGGGAACAGAACUUAGUCGACUGGGCUCGCCCAAUGCUAAACGACCCGCGAAAGCUUUCGAGGAUCACGGACCCUAGGCUCGAGGGCCAGUUCUCGGUGGCCGGUGCUCGAAAGGCCGCGGCUUUGGCUUACAACUGUCUCAGCCACCGACCGAAGAACCGACCCACGAUGAGUUCCGUCGUUGCAGUUCUCGACGACGUAAAGGAUUACAAAGAUAUCCCCAUGGGACCCUUUGUCUACACCGUGUCUUCCUCGCCGGAGAUCGUCGCCGGAAGAGACGUGAAGGAGGAGGAGGAAGGUGGUGGUAAUCACAAGAGGAAGAACCCCCGGUCUCCGGCGGAUAAGUCUCAGGUGAGCGACGGCGGAGGAAAUCACCGGAGAAAUUUGAGGAACGGGUUGAGUUCGCCGAUUCGUAGUGAGGUUGGUGGUGAACGGUACUGACUGAGUUUUCUUGGGUUGUAAAUGUUUUUUUAAUGUGAAUAUUUGUUUUUUUUUUUCAAUUUCGGAAAUAUUUUUUAUUUUA